CGCCGCCCGCCUAGCGCCGGCGGCCCCGGGAGAUGGUGACACAUGAAGCGCGCGGGGAGGACCAUGGUUGAGAGGACCAGCAAGUUCCUGCUGAUCGUGGCCGCGUCCGUGUGCUUCAUGCUCAUCCUGUACCAGUACGUGGGGCCGGGGCUGAGCCUGGGCGCGCCCAGCGGCCGCCCCUACGCCGAGGAGCCGGACCUGUUCCCCACGCCGGACCCGCACUACGUGAAGAAGUACUACUUCCCGGUGCGCGAGCUGGAGCGGGAGCUCGCCUUCGACAUGAAGGGCGAGGACGUGAUCGUGUUCCUGCACAUCCAGAAGACGGGCGGCACCACCUUCGGCCGCCACCUGGUGCAGAACGUGCGCCUGGAGGUGCCCUGCGACUGCCGGCCCGGCCAGAAGAAGUGCACCUGCUACCGGCCCAACCGCCGCGAGACCUGGCUCUUCUCCCGCUUCUCCACCGGCUGGAGCUGCGGGCUGCACGCCGACUGGACCGAGCUCACCAACUGCGUGCCCGGCGUGCUGGGCCGCCGCGAGAGCGCGCCCAACCGGACGCCCAGAAAAUUUUACUACAUCACGCUGCUGAGAGACCCCGUGUCUCGUUACCUCAGCGAAUGGCGGCACGUCCAGCGAGGAGCCACCUGGAAGACCUCCUUGCACAUGUGUGAUGGCAGGACACCGACCCCCGAAGAGCUGCCAUCGUGCUACGAGGGCACGGACUGGUCAGGCUGCACGCUGCAGGAGUUCAUGGAUUGCCCCUAUAACUUGGCCAACAACCGCCAGGUGAGGAUGUUGGCCGACUUGAGCCUGGUGGGCUGCUACAACAUGUCUUUCAUCCCGGAGAACAAGCGAGCACAGAUCCUGCUGGAGAGCGCAAAAAAGAACCUCAAAGACAUGGCCUUCUUCGGCCUGACAGAAUUCCAGAGAAAGACUCAGUACCUGUUUGAGAGAACUUUUAACCUGAAAUUCAUCCGGCCCUUUAUGCAGUACAACAGCACCAGGGCAGGAGGGGUGGAGGUGGACAAUGACACCAUCCGCAGGAUCGAGGAGCUCAAUGACCUGGACAUGCAGCUCUACGACUAUGCAAAGGACCUCUUCCAGCAGCGCUACCAGUACAAACGGCAGCUAGAGAGGAUGGAGCAGAGGAUAAAGAAUCGGGAAGAGAGGCUUCUUCACCGGUCCAAUGAAGCGCUUCCCAAGGAAGAGACCGAAGAGCAAGGACGCUUGCCCACUGAGGACUACAUGAGCCAUAUUAUAGAGAAGUGGUAGCCUAGGCAGACUUUUAUACGAAUGAAUGAUACUCUAGGGUUUCCAUUUAAAAGAUCGUGGAAGUAAAAUCACAAAAACGGCAGAAGAAUAUUUUAUUUAAAAGCAAGUCUGUAAAACAGAAGGUAGAUUGCUUCCUUAACCAUAGGGUCUUUUUACUGUUUCUUACAAGACCAGUGAGAUUCUUAAAAAAAAAUAAAGAAAUGCAUAAAAAUAAAAAAAGGGUCAACAUUAUAAUGCAGAGGUAAAAAAUGCACAGAUGCAGUUACCCCCUCUUAAGGCCAGAUGCAAAAGAAUGUUUCUUAUCCUCAUAAUUCAAACACGAAUGGCAGAAGCAGGAUUUUUUAAAAUCUGUUUUUCCCCGAGCAUAAUGAUAUCAGAAUUCUUAAUUAAAAAAAAAAACAAACAAGGAAAUGGAGGUGUUCUUUUGUGGGUGUUUUUAGAGGUGGGAUGAGGAUUGCAUUGCUUGUAAGUAACUGAUAACGGUGUCUGAGCUGAGCGUGCGCUGUGCUGGCAGGCUGUGAGCUGAGCACAAGGGCAGUUGCUUCGUUUCAGCUGGCAGCCCUGCCAGGAAGUAGAGCACCGUGAGUACGAAAGAAGCAAAGCAUGGGAGGAUAAGAAACAUGAAAGCAAAUUGGCUGUGGCCUAAGAUACGUAUGUAGCACAGUGGUUUUGAUACGCUGCACUUGUAUCACACAUCUUCACCAUAAAAUGAAUAGGGAACUCCUGCUCAGAGCUCCCAGAUUUCACAGGCAGGUCCCAAACCAAUGUAAAAGCCAACCAAAUUCUGCAUAGGCUCAAAGAUGCAGCCCCGUGUCAUAAUGUCACCCUACACACUCAUUCCUUCAUCUGUAUAAUGUGUUAACAGCACAUGAAAACCCUGUCCUACAUGCUGAGACAGGGAGAACAAGUGGAAUAGCAGUACUCCCUCGUAAAUCUGCAGGACAAGUUCCUGGAAGAUCCUGCAAAUAAUGGGUUAUGGCAACAAGAUGAGGGGGUGAUUUUGUUUUGCUCAUGCUAUGUGAAAUACUUAACUGCAACAAGCAUACGGAUGUACCCGUAUCUGUGUUUUUUAAAGCUAUUUUUACUUGCUUUUAUCAAGAGAUAAUGGGCGUCAUCCUGCUUCCAGCAAAGUCACUAGAACUGAUUUAAGUGGGAACAGGAUGGGGCUCUCUUCCAGAGCUGUAAAAAUUUCUGACUGUGGCCUGAAUUAAUGAUGAGAUAGUGCACAUUGUCUUUUGGCAGAGUGCCUGCGCUGCAGCUCUUGCUUUAAAUGAACAAGCUGUGUUCAAAAAACUGGAAAGGAGGAUCGUGGAUGAUGUUUUUUUUAGUCUCAGACCACUUUCAAAGCAGAACUCUCUCUUUUAAUUCUGGUUUUCAGGGACUCAUGUAAGUUUAAUCCUCUGAUGUGGUGACAGUCCAGCCAGGUUCAGCUUACUGACUUUUCAGUCAGAGAACAAUGGCCUCCCUAAUUCCUCUUCCCACUCAACAAAUUGAAGUAUGGCUUAUUUUCUUGCUGUUGCAAGCACUUCUUUGUUUGUCUGGAAGCAUGGAGAUGAUGCCAUUUCUGCCUGCUUCAUGUCUCAUCCCGUUAUUACUCAACUGGUAAGACCUGAACCAGCUAUUGUCUGGGGUAAAAUAUGACUCAGAUGGAACAGGAUUUGAUUUUCAAAGGCCGUGGUAACUGCAGAUCGAUUAUGGCAUUAAAAUCACAAGGAGAGGCAGAGACCUGAUACACUCAGCGUGUCAUUUUUGCAGUCUCUCCCAUCACACGAACCCACAGAACUUGCUGCUCCUUUUGUGCUUUGGUUCUCUCUGUGCCCCACACGCAGAGCACACUGUUCCCAGCCGUCUCAAAUUCACACUGUGUUUUGCAAAGGAGGUUUACACCUGGCUGCUGGAGAUGUUCUUCUCCAGAAGAGGGAAGAUGACUAACAAAUUGGGAAUGGAACCUACAAGCAGCACGCUGGGGUCAGACAGCCCUGUUACAGACCAACCCCAAAUCCACUGACAUCGAAGGACGUAUUGCCUGUCGGUUUAAGAUGGGUGCUGGUCAGGUCUGCAUCCUGGUGCUGCAGAGUGCUCACAUGCUCAUCUUAAAGCACUGUCACUGUGUGCUUGGCUGGUACCUGCGUGCUGGUGGAGUCACUGUAUUCCAGGUUUCUCACGAAAUGGCCCACCCUUCUGGAGAUGUGUAUUGGCCAUCAGCACAUGCUCCUGGCUGAAAUGUGAGAGGCAAAAUAAAGCAGUGUUCCGUUGUUGGCUUGGGGGCAGAAAGUAUUUACAAAUCUGACUUCCGAGACUGGGAGGAGCUGUGUUUGUUAGUUCCCAGCACUCUCAUGUGUUGCUGUAACUAAGGAAAACAUUUAUGUUUUCAAAAUGCCAUUUUACAGGCUGUUUACCCAACAGAACCAGCACGCUAGGUAUAAAAAGCAGCCAUGUCAUAUGCACAGUUUGCAGCUCUGCCCGGAGGCUUUUUGUUGUGAUCUGCCCUGCAUUAGGGAUCCAUCGUGCACAAAUGGGUACGGCAGCAAAGCCACACAGCCCCGGUGCUGCGAGCGCUCCAAUCGAUCUGCACUGAUGGCCAGAUUCUGCUCUUGUCUGCCAAAAGGUGAUGGUCAAUGGGACUGCAGAUGAUCGGGACCGGUACCGUAACCGGGUUCAUUUUGCCUGAGUUGUUCCUGUAUUAUGGGCUCUGAGCAGCCAGCUGGAUUUUAAUGGUUCUGUCUUCAGCGUUCUGUGGGAGGCAGCCUCUGACCCCGGGAGCGUGUUGGUAGAGCUUGUUCCAGUGUUUGCUUUGUAAUAUAUUACAGUAACAAGCAAAAGGAAUGAAACUACAGAGUCUCAUUAACGGUUUCACUUCAACCCACAAAAGGAGGGCCGACCUCAGCUCAGCACUGAGGCGGGAGUUUGCAGGUUCCAGUCCUGCACCUGGCAAUUCCUCUGCUUCUCCACCUGUGCACUGGGAUUAGAACAUUUCGCCUUUGCAAAGAGGCAUCCCAAAGUAGCAGAUGUAUAGCACACUGCAAAACAGAUUUUAAGUCUGAGUAUAGAAAUGGAGAGAAUGACCCAAAAGCCAUCCCCCGCCCCGGCUGCCAUGCCAGUCUGCUUAAGGCUGUCUGCCACACUUGGAUUUGUUUAAGUGCUGUGUGCCACAGCAUAGGCUGCAGGGUGCACCUGGCACUAUUUUCUUCCUUUCGUGGGUUUAAGGGAACUUAUUUUAACAUAAUGUGAAUGUAGUUUUUGUGAUUUCUAUGUACUACAGUUCAAAGUGGUACAAUUUUAUUUUUAGGGCUGAUGAUUUGAUGCUACAAUAACAUGAAAAUUGUGUGUAUAGUUUUAAAGUGAUCAGAGAGCAAUGGCUUGAUGGGCCUGACGUAGUGGCCAGGUAGUAUACAUCCUCAUUCAGUGUGUGCCCCUUCCUCCCAAAAUGUUUUUCCCGUGACACGACGACACUUUCUGCACUACGUAAAGUGUUUCUCUUGGACCAGCCAUGCCCUGUGACCUGCCUCCUGCAGGGGUCAGCAAGCUGGUUCCCCUCCAGUUCAGAUUUCUCCUGGUCCUGAGACACUUGGAUACACAUCUAUCCCCGUGGUGCACGUUCCAGGAGCACCCCGAGCGGAACGUUUGCAGGAGCUGGGGGUGUGUGAGGGCUUCCUGAGGGCUUGUCCAGCCAGCAGUAUUUGUGUGAGGGAGCGUUUUGUACAGUGAGACAGUGGGUAAGGCUCUGCUGCCUUCCACUGCCCUGCAUGCUUGCAAACGAGUGAAGACACAAAGGAUUUGCCAGCAGACUCCAUUCCUGCUUUGGGAAGGUGGGAAGGACAACACAUGCUGCAGCACUAAUAAGGAAGAGGUUUUUUUGCUUUUAGACACCUGAACGAUGCACACUUCGCUGCUUGGUGGGCGUUGUUGCAGAAGAAACCUCGUGUUGCUCACUUGUCACAGCCCAGCUAGUUGUACUGAAGAAGCUGGCCUCCCACCCACAAUUCCCAGGUGGGUGCCUCCCUGCACCACCCCAAGUCACACUUGAGGACUGAUGCAGAUUGCACGGGCUGCAGACCAAGGCUGUCACUGAGCUCAGAGUCACUGAAAUGAAGACCUCCUUGCACGGGAUCGGUGCAAACUUCUGCCUUGCUUCAGUUUCUCCUUUCAUCCCCAACAUCUUUGAGUAAAUGGAAAACACUCCAGGUGGGUGGUUUUGCACCCUUCACCCUUCCAUGGCUACAAAAUGGGGGUGGCAGUGGAAACAGCAGACACCUGUCCCCCUUUCCAAGACUGCUCUACGGGAGCAGGAGGGGCAGUGCAGGGCUGAGGCAGGAGAGAGGCAGAGGGACCACAGGGACACCCUGCUGGGGAGUGAGUGCCACUGAGCUCAUGAUACCACUGUGCAGACUGCACUGCAGGCAGUGAUGGGGGAGUGCAGAGCAGAGCAGGGCCUGGCCUGUGUUUAUAUCCCAGGGUUACCAGCUUCCCUAGCUUCUCAUUCAAGCAUUGAGCUACUCAGAUCUCUUCCUAGCCUGUGGAAUUUUGAGUAUCACAAGAACAGCACUACAGCAAUUUGCAAGGCAGACUACUCUGCUGGAAGUAGCAGAUCACGUUCAGCUCAGAAGUGAGCUCAGGAUUCAGUGUUGCAGGGACCAGGCCGGCCCAGCAGCAGGCAGUGAGCAGCACAGCAGCAGGGUUUGUGUCUGCACGGGCUGAGCUGCCUGCUUGUGUUGUCCAUCCACUGUUCUGCCAAGAUUAACACAGUCCUGAUGAGCACAUGGGUAUAAGGCCCGUGUUGUCCCAGCUGCAGGUGAUGGAUUUCUCUCGUUUUGAGCCAUGCAAGCUGAAAAACAAGCACGAUUUGCAAAUGAGUAUCUUAUUCCUCCAAGCCCCGCAGCUCCUCUUGCCCAUUUUCCUGUUAUGCAGACUGGAUUGAGAGAGUUGUACAGUAAUGAAGAAUUUUAUACUCAUACGGCUUACUGAGCAUGAUUAGUUUUGUACAUACCAAAAUAUGAUUUAACUUAUUGCCCCUUUCCAUCUUUUUUUUCUUAAGGAAAAGACAGAAACCCCCACACUCUCUCAAUGUGAAAUCCCUCUGUUUAUGCACAGUCUUCCAGGCAAACCUGCAACAGCCGCCAGCCUUUCCACUGGUUCCUUCUGCUGUCUGAUUCUUCAUACUUGUGGUUUUGUCACAGGCUUUCCCUGCAUCGUCUCCUCUUUCCUCUGUGCUUCGUGAUCUGCACAGGGAAGGGAAAGGCAAUGCAGGAGCUCUUUUUUUUCCCCCUUCCCCUCUUUGUUGUGUGCUUUACCUCCCAAGGAACUCAGUUUUUAUCUUUAGGGAAUCGUGUGACUGAGGGUAAAACAAAAAGUGAAACGUGCCCCUUCCCACCUCAAUCUUCCAUCAGACAGAUCUGCAGUGGUGGAGCCAUCCCACUGCGCUCAGUCUGUAUGCUUUGCUCUUUAUUUCAGUGCUUUUUUUUCUCCUCGAUCAGGAGCUUAAAAAUAAGAUAGAAUGCAGCAGUUCAACUCGAACCACGUAACACCUACAGCUUUAUCUAUUUAUUUAAAGCAUCUUACAAAACAACAUCAACAACAAAAGUGUUCAAGUUUGUUUUUU